AUGCUGCAGAAAAAUAAAACCGUGGUUGAAGAGUUCAUUUUAUUGGCCUUUGCCGAUUUGCAGCAGGUCCAGAUUUUUCUUUUCCUGUUUUUUCUGCUGACCUAUGUGACUUGUCUUCUGGGAAAUUUUGCAAUAAUCAUUGUUGUUAAAAUAGAACAUUCACUUCAUAACCCGAUGUAUUUUUUCAUCAGUGUGUUCUCCAUUUUGGAAAUCAUGUUUGUCUCGGUCACUGUUCUGAAACUUUUGGACAUUUUAAUUGGACAUAAAAACACAAUAUCUUUUAGUGGCUGUUUUACACAAAUGUAUGUUUUCGACUCCUUGGGGGUCACCGAAUGCUAUCUCCUUAUGGUGAUGGCAUAUGACCGACAUCAGGCUAUUAAUAACCCCUUACGUUAUCCAACAAUCAUGACUCAUACAGCUUGUGUUAGACUGGCCAUGCUUCCAUGGGUCUUUGGAUUUAGCAUUAUUUUAGUACCAAACAUUAUUACAGCACAGUUAGAAUUCUGUGGUCCUAAUGUUAUUGACCACUUUUUUUGUGACAUGGCUCCCUUACAAAACUUGGCCUGUUCUGAUUCUUUCGUAAGCAGUAUGUCCACAAGCUUAGCAGCUGUCACUGGUAUUGUUCUACCUUUCCUCAUAAUCCUAGGGUUCUAUGUCUGUAUCAUAAAGACUGUUACCAAGAUCAAGAGUGAAGAGGGUAAAAGGAAAGCCUUCUCCACCUGCACAUCUCAUCUCAUCGUAGCCAGCCUCUUCUUUGGUACAGCCAUCAUUGUGUAUAUCAAACCCAAAGGCAGCCAUUAUGAUAAGUAUCUUGCUUUUAUGUAUACAGCAAUCACUCCAACAAUCAAUCCCUUCAUUUACACCUUUAGGAACAGAGACGUGAAGAAGGUUUCCUGGAAUUUAUUAAACCGGUUCAUAAGACUAAUAGUAGAGAGUGAAAUACUUUAA